AUGUCCCGUCCUCUAGUAGUCGACGUCCACACCCAUGUGUACCCCCCAUCGUACAUGGCGAUGCUCCGCGCUCGCAAAACAGUCCCAUACAUCCACGACCCAGCCACCGGGGAGCCGCGUCUAAUCAUCCUCUCAUCAGACGAUGACCCAUCCAUUCCAAUCGACGAACGCGGCCGGCCCGUGGACACAUCCUAUUCCGACAUAAACGUCAAAAUCAGCUUCAUGCAGGAGCAUGGCAUUGACAGCAGCGUAAUCUCUCUCGCAAAUCCAUGGCUGGACUUCCUCGAGCCCGCCGAAGCCCAGCAAUGGGCCCAGCGCAUCAACAAUGAUCUUGAAGAAACCUGUGCUCAGAACAACAAGUCCACCGAAGGUCUUCCUCUGAAGGGAAGGUCGACGUUGUUCGCAUUUGCGGCUUUGCCGCUCAGUGCGCCCAGCCCAGAUAUCAUUGUGAACGAGAUUAAGAGAUUGAAGACACUACCCCAUAUCCGUGGUGUGAUUAUGGGGACCUCGGGACUUGGCAAUGGGCUCGAUGAUGAGAAGCUCGGUCCGGUUUGGGCGGCACUGGACGAGAUGCAGCUUCUUCUUUUCCUGCAUCCUCACUAUGGUCUUCCUAAUGAGGCGUUUGGUGGUUCGGGGGUUACGAAUCGCUAUGGCCAUGUUCUGCCCUUGGCUCUGGGAUUCCCGCUUGAGACGACCAUUGCCGUUACCCGCAUGUUGCUGUCCCGCGUCUUUGAUAAGUUCCCAACUCUGCAGAUCUUGCUGGCGCAUUCGGGUGGCACUUUGCCGUUCUUGGCGGGACGCAUUGAGAGCUGUAUUAUGCAUGAGCGGAAGUUUGUGGACAAUGGUGGGGACGUUCCUGGGCCGAAGAGGAGUAUUUGGGAGGUUUUGAAGACGAAUAUCUUCUUGGAUGCUGUUGUCUAUGGAACUGCUGGGCUGAAGGCUGCUGCGGCUGCUGGGGAGGGUACUGAUCGUCUUAUGUUUGGCACUGAUCAUCCGUUCUUCCCGCCCCUAAAUGAAGGUGAAAAGGAAUGGCUCAGCGUGACUACAAACUAUAAGGCUAUCGAUAAGACUUUUGAAGGUCAACAGGAAGCCGUGGCUGCGAUUCUGGGUGGCAAUGCUGCCCGUGUCUUGAAACUGGAGUAA